AUGGCUUCGACGGAAUCCUUGGUGUGCGAUACACUCGAUUUAAGUGGUCAAGGUCUUAAAAAGCUCUCUCGAUGUCCGUCGGAUGGAGAUAUCAGCACAUUGAUCAUCGAUGAUAAUGAGCUUCAGCGUCUUGAUAAUCUUGAUUCUUAUCAUAGAAUUACCAAGCUUUCAAUAGUAAGGAACCAACUGCUACGGAUGUAUGGUAUAUCAAAGUUACAUAAUCUUGUAACUCUUAAUUUAGCAAAUAAUGGUAUUUUGACCAUAGAAGGUAUAAAGGAUAUGACAAACUUACAGACUCUUUGCUUAGCUGGUAAUAAUAUAAAGUCCAUUGAACAUUUACAUACAAAUACCAAAUUGGAACAUCUGGAUUUGUCUGAAAACAGCAUCAGUCAUAUUUCAGACAUUUCGUAUCUAAGAAAUUUGAAGGAACUUUUCUUGCAUAAUAAUCGUAUUAUAACAUUGCGGCAAUGCGAACGCUACUUACCUACUUCAUUAGAAACAUUUACAUUGGCAAAUAAUAAUAUUACUGAUUUAAACGAAAUGUCACAUUUAGCUAAUUUAAAAAAUGUAGUAAACUUUUCGAUCGCCAAUAACCCCUGUGUCAGUAUGGCAGGUAACAGUAUUGGGUUUGACUAUCGUCCUUUUGUUAUCAAUUGGUGUAUGAGCUUAAAAUCAAUUGAUGGCUAUCCUGUUGAUCCUAUUGAAAGUUUAAAGGCAGAGUGGCUGUAUUCUCAGGGACGUGGUAGACAAUUCCGUGUCGGUGAACAUGCACCGCUUGCUCAGUAUCUAGCAUCUGUCUGCCCUCUCUCUGGUGAAUCCCUUGAAAAUGAGACUGACAGGAAGCUUAGGCUGAUUUUGAGUAAAGCACAACAUCAUCAGCAACAAUUAAGUCAACAAAGUGACAAUGGAAGUGUGCACAGCUUAAGUAGCGUUGGAAUGAGUCCUUCUCCAGCCACUAGGCGUAGACUUAGUCAUAACAGGACAAGUUCUCCUAGACGUGCCAGCUCGUCAAGAAACUCUUUAAGAAUAAGGUCACCGGACAGAAUGAUAUCUAGUAUUCAUACAGAUGCAAUGGUUUCUUCUUGUCACACACUGUUAAAUGAAGAACAUGAAGCAUUAAUGACUCAAAGUCUAGAUCCAAAUAUGCUGUGCGGCACUCUAAGUAAUAAAUUAUCAAAUAACGCUGCCUCGCAAGAUAUUGAAGAGACGUCUAGCCCCCUACAAGCUGCAUCGAAACUGGUACCAGUUCCAGAAUCUUUAAUGAGCCCAGACUUUCGUCCGCCAUCUGGUCUUUCACGAGUACUGGCGAAAACUCCACCAAGUAAAUUAACAUCACCAUGCCAGAUUACGAUGCCAAGUAAACCUCCGACCGAUGGAGACGGAAAGGCUAUUCCCAUAAUAAAUACAGUGAAUCCAAUGGCGAAAACGAAUCUUAGUUCUGUAAAAGCAAACGCACUUGUAAAAAGCAACUCGGCGAGCAAUUGCAGUAUUGGAAAGCCAAAUAUUGCUAAACCUGUUAUUACGAACCUUAGUAAUAAGUGUCCACAUAGUGUGAAAAUUAAUAAUUAUGUACAAAGUAAAACAUUGCCCGGAAGACGAAGCACAAAAAAUUCACCAAAUCUCGGUAGGAGUAUACAAAGGCCGAAAAGUGCGAACGACAAAAUUAAGAGCGGCGUAUUGAAGAAAAGUGGAGAUGGAGAUGCAGGUAAUGCUACUCAGAGUAGCGAUGAAGACAGCGAAGUGUGUCAAGCCAAAUUAGACAGUAUUCGUAACAGAGCUAUUCAAAGAAGACAAGAAGACAGUAAUAAAGCAGAUCAAAAUGACGCUGAGAAGGCAGCAAUAUGUAUUCAAAGGAUGUGGAGGGGCUACCAUACUAGGAAUCUUAAUAAGAAAGCAACUAAUGUCCUGAAAACAAUUGAAAUGAUGAGGACAAUUAAAUAUAUACAGAAACUUUCUACCGACAUGGAAGCUACUAGAACAGCUUUGGAGAGUGAACAUAAGUUGCAGUUACUACAAAUGCAAGCGAUUAAUGCAUUAUGGAAGAAAGUUGUCAGUCUGCAGCCUAGUGGUAAUCGAGAGACUACAAGUAAUGACAAUGAGAACCUCGCACAAAAUGUAGAUGUUGUAACCAAUUUAGCACAAACAUGUAAUUUGUUACAUACACAGGUUCAGCAAUUACAAGACUCUAUGUCAGAAAUAAAACAAUGCAUGUCGAACAUGCAAUCAAAACAAAAUUUAAUCGAUAACGCAGUCGCAACUCAAACUGAAAUCUCUGCUGUUCACACACCAGCAGGCGAAGAAAAUACGUUUCCUUACUCACGGGCGCACAGACCGCAGACAUUACCGAUUCAUCAAACAAUUCACGAAGGAAACGAGAACAAAAGUUUUGCAUCUAACCUCAUCGACAGCGUAUUAAAAAAGGUCUCUCAGUCUACCGACACGACGGACGACGAAGUUAAUACCGACAUAUUAAACUCUAAUGAAAAUCCUGAACUACUAAAUUCGAACGAUCAUCCGGAUAUGUUCAAAAGUUGCGAAGAAAUCGUGGAAUCUGAUUUCAAAGACGUAAUGGAAAAUGAGGCAAAAAAUGAAUACGAUAUAAUCGAUAAUACCGUAUUAAAUGGCGACGUUUGUGAAGAAAUGCUGUGUAAAGAGUUACACAAUUUUAUUGAAACAGAAAUUACAUCAGAAACUUGCCAAGAUCUUGAUAAAGAAGAUAAUUCCGAUGAAGUUGAGAGAGAACAAGUUUAAGUUGGGAAAAUAUGCAGACAAGAAUAACAAAACAGAAUGAAGGUGCAAAGUCAUAAGCUUAACGUAGAAGUACUGAAAACAGAAUUGCGAAUUACA